AUGCAUAUUUCGAAGUUUUUGGUCCUUGCUUUGGGUGCAUCGGCUGUUUUAGCCCAGGAUCCUAAUGCUAACCCUACAAACAGCGUUGCUCCUGCUACCGAUCAGCCGGCUCCUUCUCCCACUGAUCAACAACAGCCGCAACCUACGGAUCAACAGCAACCUCAGCCUACGGAUCAACAGCAACCCCAGCCUACGGAUCAACAGCAACCCCAGCCUACGGAUCAACAGCAACCCCAGCCUACGGAUCAACAGCAACCUCAGCCUACGGAUCAGCAACAACCUCAACCUACUGAUCAGCAACAACCUCAACCUACUGAUCAAGCUCCUAGUGAAACUGUUGCUCCUGCUCCUGCUCCCGCUCCUACUGAAGGUGGCGAUAAUAACAAUACGACUGAUGGUAAUAACGGUAACAACACUACAACCAACCCUGGUAGCCAAACGCUUGCUGAUAUUGUUACUUCCAACAACAAGUCCCUUGGCAUCAGCAAGUUUGGUCAAUUUUUACAAGAUCCUAAUUACAAGUCUUUCUUGGACCGCUUACGAUCGAACGAUGUUACCUGCUUUAUCCCAUCCAACAAGGCUCUUGACAGCGUCCUUAAAUCAUGGAAGAAGUAUGCCAAGAAGAACAAGUUGAAUGAAACUGCAGUACCUCCAGCUGACUGGAAGGUCAGAGGCAAUACUACCAUUACGGAUGUGCUCAACUAUCACUGCAUUGAUGGCAAGCAAAAAUUGGAUGAUCUCUCUUCUGGCAAUGUCGUUGUCACCACUUUGGACCACAGCCGACCUCUCCGUAUCGAAAGCACUGGCCAAUAUGAUAAUAACCAACUUCUUCCUCCCCCUCCUCCCCCUCCUGCUCCUGCUCAGCCCGCUGACAAUGGAACGGCUGCACCCAAUGGUGAACAACCUCCUCCCCCUCCUGCUGAUAACAAUGGCGAUCAAAACCAACCCAAUGGUGAACAGCCUCCUCCUCCUCCUCCUGCUGAUAACAAUGGUGACCAAAACCAAAACCAAAACCAACCCGAACAGCAGCAACCAAAUGGCAAUCAAGAACAACCACCCGCUGCUCAAGGUUUCCAAUUGCAUCACUUCCAAGAUCAAACUGCUCCACCGGAUAACAAUAACAACGGUACUGCUCCUGCUGAUAACAAUAACAACGGCAACGGCACUGCUCCACCUGAUAACACUCCUGCUGGUAACACCACAAACACUAACCCUCGCGAAAAGAAUGAAUACAAGGUCGGCAAUGGUAUUACCGAUACUUGGGUCCGAAGAAAGGAUGUUCAAGGCUCCAAUGGUUACAUUAACGUGAUUGAUGAAGUCUUGAUGCCCGUGUAUCGACCCACGGAUACUCUUGAUGAUCUCGAUCAAACUGUUACUUUUGGCAAGCUCAUCAAAAAGAAUCCUGACGUCGUCAACAGAUUGAACCAUGGUGGAAAGUUUACUCUCUUUGCUCCUAACAAUGAUGCCUUCGAUGAUAUUGACACUGAUCGAAUGGAUAAUCAAACAAUCAAUGAUAUUAUGAAUGCCCAUCUUGUUGACGGUGAACACUACAUUGAAGCUAUCAGAAAUGAUGCUCACAACAACAAUGGUAACACUUCUUUGAAGGCCAUCAAUGGAAACGACCUCGCUCUUUUCGUGAACGGUACUGUCAGAGUGAAUGACACUGCUAAGGUCAUUGAUGGUAACGUCUUGACAAACAAUGGCGUUAUCCAUGUCAUCGAUGGAAUCCUCAAUCGUAACGAUUUGAGAGGACGCUUGUAG